UCUAGCUUUUUUUUUAGGUUAUAUUUUUAGGUUAAAGUUAAAACUGAACAACUAAAGUAAAGUACAGUUUACAAUAAAAACAUUAUACUCAUCUAUUACAUUAUUGAUUUGCUAUUUAUUGAAUUUUUAUUCUUGAGAAUAAAUAAAGUUUUGUUUGAAAAUCAUAGUUUAUAAGUUUCAUUCAAGAAUUGCAUUGCAAAUGUAAAGUAUUUGAUAUAGUAAUUCAUUUUAUUUUAUGUAAUAGUUCAUCAAAUUCUUAUCACGUGCUUCUUAUGUUAUCAGUUUUAAAUGUGACAAGUUUAAAAUAAUUUAUCUUUUGUCUUGUCACCUUGUCACCUCAGCUUGUUGGAAGUUAUGACAGAAUAUUUUCAGUCAUAUUUUCAAAAUUCUUGUAGGUAGCCUAAUUAUAUAAACUGUAUUUUUCUCCGAAAAACUCAUUUUAAUAUCAAGAGAUAAAAAUAUAAUAAUAAUAAAAAUGAGCGAUCCACGUUUACCUAGCUGCUUGGAACUACCGAAUAAUCUCGAUGAGUUGAAUGAUCUAAUCGAAAAGGCAAAAGACUGGGCACUUAUGCAUGGUGCUGGAAUGAGGUCCAAAACUAACUUCAGUAUGGACAGCCUUCAGUUUGCGCCAUUUUGUUUGGUGCCAUCUGUGUUUCCUCGUAAAGAAUUUGAAAAGGCAGUUGCCAUUCAGGAAACACUCAACGAGCUUAUUCAUAAAGUUGCGUUCUGCCACGAAUUCCUCGAAGAGAGUCUAAGAGACUCAGCAGCUGGUGAUAGUGAAUUUACUGGCAGACUUUAUAAAAUCUACGAAACCGUUCGCAAAGAAGGAUUCAAUCCAAGACUGACGCUGGGCUCGGUCCGGUCGGACGUGAUGCUUGAAACAGCUUGCUGCAAGUCGCGCAUGCGCAGCGAGACUCACAAAUGCUCCCAAACGCGCACCUACUGUUGUCUCAAGCAAGUCGAGUUUAAUACCAUCGCGGCCGGCUUCUUACAGCUCGGCCCUAUUUCGGGACAAUUGCACAGGUUCAUUCUCCAAGAAAUGGGACAUAUUGAUAAGUUGAAAAAUCUGCCAGAGAAUAAUGCGUUAGCUGGUGCCAGCCUAGGUCUUAUAGAAGCCUGGAAAUUAUUUGGCAAUAAACAGUCUGUUAUCCUUAUAGUAAUCGAAGACGUGGUGAUGAAUAUUUGUGAUCAGCGUUUCCUGGAAUUCAAAAUUGGAGAGUUGUGUCCAGAAGCGCGCACCAUUCGCAGAACGUUGACAGAUAUUAACAAAAGAGCUCGCUUGGAUGAUCACAAAAACCUUAUCAUUGAUGGAUUUGUGGUGGCUGUAGCUUACCUGAGGACAGGCUACACCCCGGAGUUGUUCGCCAACGAUGGAGAAUGGGACGCCCUGCUCACCAUGGAACGCUCAUCGGCCAUCAAGUGUCCCAGCGUGCAGUAUCAUCUUGCCGGAACCAAAAAGGUACAACAACUACUAGCGAAACCUGGAGUACUUGAAAGAUUUAUCACAGAUCCUCAGAAAGUAAAAGCUGUACGAGAACUAUUUACUGGUCUCUACGCUUUCGAUUUUGAUGAGUCUGGAGAAAAGGCAAUCGACAUGGCCAUUGAAAACCCAGAGCGGUUCGUAUUGAAGCCACAAAGAGAGGGGGGUGGUAACAAUGUCUAUGGAACAAAGAUCAGAGAUCUGCUAAUAGAAAUGAGAUCUAGUAAAGAGCGCACCGGCUGGAUUUUGAUGGAUAGGAUAGUUCCCCCAGCGCAGGAAAACAUCAUAGUUCGUGUUGGAAAGAAACCAGCCUCAGAAGAUAUCGUAUCAGAACUGGGCAUUUUCGGCAUAAUAAUUGGUGAUGCGCAAAAAAUAGUGUACAACAAGCAGGUGGGUCACAUGCUACGCUCAAAAACGAGCACAGCAGAUGAGGGUGGUGUCGCGGCGGGGUUCGGCUGUCUGGAUAGCCCCUACCUGGUCGAUUAUUGCUGAAACACAACAGUCUUAGCCAAGCACAAUAUUGCCUUAUCAUUCCAACUGUAACAGUAGCAUUAGUGAAUAAGUUAUACACUCAAAUUAUUUUUUAUAGGAUGAAUGGAGCAAUUUUCUACUUGAAAAUUUAAUUUUUCUGAAACCCGACAAUUCUGUAAAUUCAUCUUUUAUAAAUACCGGAACGAUUUAUGGAAUCAACGUUUCUUUACUCUAAACUUUUGAUUAUACGGGCCUAAGAUUAAUCAUUCUCAUAUUAUAAAUACGGUAUAAUCAUAUCUUAUUUAUUAUUAUAAGUUUCUUUACUCUAAACUUUUUAUCACACGGACCUAAGAAUUAUAAAUUCUCAAAUUAUAAAUAUAAUAAUAUUUUAUGUAUAUAAUAAUUAAAUCAUCAUUGUUGAGACAGACUAAAGUAGUCUGUACCUCUGAAAGCUUUAAUGUCAAAUAGUAAUAAUUAUCAAUUGUAUUAAUGGUUACAGUUUUGUUGAACCGCCACAUAAUUUGCUACAAAAAACAAAUGUGAUGACAUGUUAUUUCAACAGUUAAUAAUAAUCAACAUUGUCUAAAAUCCAUUCGAAUUCUGUAUUCAUUAUUAUUUUAUAUUCUUAUCUCAUCUCAAAUCAACUAUCAUUGUAAUAGAUCAAAUUCUAAAUGAAGUAAUAUCAGAAGAUGCUCUGAGCUACAUAUAAAUAGUACUGAACAAAUAUACAUAUUUUUUUAAGCGAAUCACAGUACGAUAUUAUAAUAUUCUAGUUCUAGUUAUAAAUAAUGAUAUUAUAUGUUAUGUUUUGGGUGAAUUUCUAGUGGAUGUUACUAGUAAAAUACUAGGUUUAUUUAUCGGUCUUUAAUUGAAAUUUUCAAUAAAUAUAUUUUGCUUAU